AUGCAAAACCAGGCUCCAGUGGCGCAUCCAGUGCUGUCGGCGUCUAUUCUCUUUGAUAUUGUUGUCUUCGCCGGUGGGAAGGCGCCAGGACUAAAUCCUCUUUGUGAUAAUGAGCCCAAACCCAUGCUUUGUAUCUGCAACCGCCCAAUGAUAUGGUACUGCCUCUCACCAUGGAUAAAGGCCGGUUGUUCCACAUUUUUUGUCUGCGUCAAUGAGGAUUAUGCCGCACUGCAAAGUUACCUUUGCCGUGAGUUCCCCAAAGUAGCUUUUGUUUUUGUGUUAGUGCCUUUGACGCAAAACCAAACGCCAACGACAACAUGUGAUGUUGUGCGGGGUUAUUUGAAGCACAAGGAAUCAUUGAAGAGUGAUCGUCUGAGCAAGCCACGAGACGCAUUAUUGCUCAGUUGCGACACCUUUCUUCCGGGGGUUGACGUGGAACACUUUAUUCAUAACUUUUAUGCCUCAGUUGCAUCCGUUUCGGUUCUAUUGUUUCGUCCGAUUUCAAGCAGCAACGGCAACAGUUGCGGAACGCAGCUAGGUCCAACGGCAAGGGGCAACAGUGCUUCAACGCCAGCAGGCAGUGGAAAAGGCAACAAAGGCAGCCAAGGGAGUGGAGCAUGCGCUGCUAAGCCUUACACCCACCACUUUACGUGUGUAGCCUAUGAAGAGAAAAGCGGAGAUCACGUCCGUAACGACAAUAACAAUAACGGCAGUGCAUUGUGCCCCGUUGCUAGUGGGGUUACAGAAAACUCAAACAAGGGCUCCAAUUGUGUGAGUCAUCAUCGACUUCAUUUCAUUUGCCCCCGCGAAGAUGAACCUGAGCCUUGCAUUAGUUUUGGUUUCGCGGCGCGAAGGCCCAACCUUACUUUUGCCGCUGACGUUGUGGACGUACACGCAUACCUUGUGCGGAACUGGGUCCUUCAUUACAUGGCGGAGUCAACAGGGGAGGGAAUGACUGUACAGCGGGAUUGCAUUCCUUUCCUCGCCCGCAGCCAACACAGUACGGUGAAUGUGGAUCAGGGGGUUCUUUUGAGGCCCGACAACAAGUUGAAAUACACUAUUCCCAAUCACUGGUUAUUUGAUGAGAGUUCCCCUGUACCUCUCCUUAAUGGACGACGAGGCCCUGUUUUACCGGUGGAGGCGGAUAAUCUUCUGGUUUGUUGCACGAUUUACGAGGAGGAUGCGGCGAUGCCCAUGCGUGCGUUCCGUGCGAAGACAAGAAAAGAUUUUGUAGCCCUCAACCACGACAUAUUGUUGAGUAAGUGCGAAGUUCUUGGCUUAGCGGAGGGAACCGGUGAUCUCCGUAGCACUAAACAACAACACCAAGCUGAACGGCAUCACCACCAAAAACAGACGGCAUCCAACCACAAUUGUGAGACGGCAGUUGAGAUGUUCCCUUCGUUACCGGCCAGCGCGUUGGCGCUCUGCAAUUUGCUUCCCGACUCACCCAUUACAGUCGUGGUGAAGAAUGAAUCCUCGAGGGUUCACAUCAAGUGUAGUUUCUUACGCUCAGCACCGGCAGGCAGUGCCUUCAUCACCAGCAGCAUCGUUGGGAGCAAUGUGAUAUUGGGAUCAAACGUGCGUAUCACAAAUAGCAUUAUUCUAGAUAAUGCGGAAAUAGGGGCAAACUCAACAAUUACGGGUUCCGUCAUUGGAUCCUCUGCAAUGUUGAACCCAGGGAUUCGCGUGGUGAACUGCGUUGUGGGACCGCAGUGUCUUGUGGAGUCUGAUAAGAAAGAUUCAGUCAUCCGUGUUUGA